AUGGAAAAACAUGAGAAUUUUUCCUGGAUCUACCAACAGGAGCUGGAAGAUCCGCUCAAGAAAUACCUGAACAAUACGGACGACUACCUAGCUUUGCUCUGCGGGCCUCGUCGCAGCCACCUCUUCCUCCCGGUGACUGCGGUGUAUGCUCUGAUUUUUGUGGUGGGAGUCGUUGGCAAUCUCCUGGUAUGCCUGGUGAUUCUCCGGCACCAGACGAUGAAGACCCCCACCAAUUAUUACCUCUUCAGCUUGGCUGUCUCCGACCUCCUAGUCCUGCUUCUCGGGAUGCCCCUGGAAGUCUAUGAGAUGUGGCGCAACUACCCCUUCCUGUUUGGGCCGGUGGGCUGCUACUUCAAGACGGCCCUCUUCGAGACCGUGUGCUUCGCCUCCAUCCUCAGCGUCACCACCGUCAGCGUGGAGCGCUACGUGGCUGUCCUCCACCCGUUCCGCGCCAAACUCAAGAGCACCCGGCGCCGGGCCCUCCGCAUCCUUGGCAUCGUCUGGGGCCUCUCUGUUCUCUUUUCUCUGCCCAACACCAGCAUCCAUGGCAUCAAGCUCCACUACUUCCCCAACGGGUCCUUCAUCCCGGGCUCUGCCACCUGUACGGUCAUCAAGCCCAUGUGGAUCUAUAAUUUCAUUAUCCAGGUCACCUCCUUCCUCUUCUACAUCCUCCCCAUGAUGGUCAUCAGUGUCCUCUACUACCUCAUGGGGCUCAAGCUGAAGAAAGACCAACACCUUGAGGCAGAUAAAGUGACUGCAAAUAUUCAAAGACCAUCCAGAAAAUCAGUCACUAAAAUGCUGUUUGUCUUGGUGUUAGUGUUUGCUAUCUGCUGGGCCCCAUUCCACAUCGAUCGGCUCUUCUUCAGCUUUGUGGAGGAGUGGACUGAACCUCUGGCUGCUGUGUUUAAUCUCAUCCAUGUGGUGUCAGGUGUCUUCUUCUACCUGAGCUCAGCGGUCAACCCCAUUAUCUACAAUCUGCUCUCUCACCGCUUCCAAGCAGCAUUCCGGACCGUGAUCCCUCCUUCCUGCCAACAGCAGCACUCCCAUAACCACUCACCAGGGCCAUUUGUGCAGCGGAACAUCUUCCUGACAGAAUGUCACCUUGUGGAGCUGACUGAGGAUGCAGGUCCCCAGUUCCCUUGUCAGCUGUCCGUCUUCAGCUCUCACCUUCCCACAGCCCUCUGUACUGGACAGGCACUGAGAAAGGAACUCUCAAAGAGUUGA